AUGGAGAGAAGGUAUGGAGGAGUCGGCCGCUGCAAGUGCUCAUUCUGGUUCGCAGUGGCCCACGACAUACUCGGCGUCUUCAUCAUGAUGGUGGGGGUGUUUGGAGGCCUGGUCAUCCACGACUUGUUUAUCUACGCGGGGGCUAUCAUCAUCUUCCUCAGCCUGAUCUGGUGGGUGUUCUGGUACUCCGGGAACAUCGACGUGCCACCCGAGGAGCUGGAGGACGACGUGGGCCUGAUCAAGCUGAGGAACCGCAGACUCAGCCAGGCGGUGAGGCGCAUGUCUAACCGCCUCUCCAGCAGGAUCGGGAACUCUUUCAGAAAGACUGGCCGGUCCGUCAGGGAGGGCCACGCAGGCAGCAACAGAUCUGCAAACAACGGUGCGGAUGUGUCGCUCUCCACCAUCUAUGAUACCACCAUCAGCUCCUCGUCGAAGGAACUAGUGAGAGAGUCAUUGUCAUUGUGA